AUGGACUUGCCGCCGGCUCCGACGCCGCCCGUCAACAGCGGUGGAAUGCCCUCCAAUGCAGACAGGACGUCGAGCCUCUUGAACCUGCUCAAGUUCAGCGGCAACAAUGCCGCUGCCGCGGCCGCCGCGGCUGGCUCUGGCUCCCAGCAGUCUCAGCCGUCCGCCGCCGCCCAACAGCAGCAGCAGCAGUCGCCGCAGCAGCAGCAUCAAGCACAGCCUCAGCAUGGCCACCAGCCCCGGCAGCCAAGCUAUGGCCAGUCCGCUCAGUAUCAGUCGACUCGCCUGCAUCAGCCUGCGCCCACGAGCGCCGACCCGACGGGCCUGCUGGCUGCCCUCAUGAGAGGUGCCCAGGAGCCCGACGAGCCCCGACAGGCUCCCGUCUCCCACGCCCCUGCGCAGACCCAUCAGCCCUCGACCACCUUUGGCGCGGGCUCGCCCUCGGCCGAUACCAGAUCCUACCUGCUCAACCUGCUGAAUCGGCCCAAGCCAAGCCAGACAGACCAGCCGUUGCUCACCGAGUCGGCGCGGUCCAACGGCCCGACGCCCCAGUCUCCGGACGCUGCCGCCGACGUUGGAAGAUACUUCGGCCAGUACCAGCAGCCGCAGCAGCAAUCGCAGCCGCAGUCGCAUGCGAGCAGCGCCUACCAGGCUGCUCAGCAGUAUCAGGCUCGUCACCACGACUCGGAGUCUUUUGCUCACGUCCAGCACCCGGCGUCGAAUGUCAGUUCCUUCUCCUUCGCCCAGACGCAGGAGUCUUCGACUGACAUGUCCGCCAUCUACCACCAGCUCAUGGAUAGCCUGAACCAGUCCUCUCCUCAGAGCCAGCAGACUCACCAGUCUGGCGGCGGCGCUUCCUAUCAUCAGGCCCUCAAGAAGGAGCACGCGUCGCCCGCCGGCUCCCAGCAGUAUGAGCAGUCCCACUUGGGCAGCGAGCGGAGCCCCAUCACGAGCCCCCCAGGCCACGCUCGUGGGCCCCUCGACCGCAGCUCAUCGCUCCAUUCGCAUCAGUCGCUGCACCAGUCCAUCAAGCAGACGCCCCCGGCCGAGUUUGACACUUUUGGACUCCCCGACAAGAACAAGGAAACUGUUGCGGAGGCCGUGCACGACCUCGCCGAGAAGGCGGAUCGCGAUGCUCGCGAGGCGCUGGCCAGAGCUGAGCAGAGUCUUGACCAACCAGAUCUUGCCGAGGGCGUCGAGAAGACGGAGACUCGCGAUGACCAGGAGUGGACUAGCGAGACCGUCCGCAAUGUCGAGAAGCGAAUCAUCGACGACAUCAAGAAGGGACAAAACAAGGUUGAGCCCCCGAGAUAUGAGUCUCCGGAGCCCGCAUACAACGAGUCCGGCGCCGAGGCCCAGGCUGUUGCCGAUAGCUGGGAGAGCGCCGACCAGGAGGAAAUUGUUGUCAUUGAGGAGAAGGAAGCCCCGCCUGUGCGCGUGUACAACUUCCCCAUGAAGCCCUGGAUCUCCAUCUCCCUUCAGGAGGACGCGACCGAGCCUCGGCCCGAGUUCCGUGACGAGUCCAUCAUGGAUAUCGCGCGCCUCAAGAAGGAGUUCGACCAGAUCGACCGCAACCUCUACACGGCAUCCCAGACGUACAUGACCUACGGCAUGUCCAAGCAGGGCGGCCUGCGCGUCAUUCGACAGGACGAUGGCAAGGAUGCCAAGGUCUUUACCGACACCAAGGACCGCAUUUUCAAUGUCGCCAUGUCCGUGACGCCUACUGACAAUGAGGGCGUCCAGCGAGAGGCCAUCAUUGGCACCGGCAUCAGCGGCACCGUGUACUGGGUGCAAAUCAAGGACGGCGAAAAGGACCACAUCGAGGACGCGCACCUGGAGCAGUACGGCUUCGCGCUCCCGCCCAUGGCCUCUCACGACGGUGACACCCCUGGUGGCGUCCUCAAGACUAGAGCUCGCGCGUCGACCAUCCACCCCGAGUAUUUCGCCGUUGGCCGGGGCAAGUCCAUCAACUUCAUCUGGCCGUCGUACAUCUUGCAGAACAGUCUUUUCAAGACGGGCCACGACCGUGUCGUCGAUACGGAGACGCUGCUCAAGCAGUGCUCUCUCAAGAUCAAUACCGGCAAGGCCGGCAAGGACUUCACCUUUAGCCAGGACGAUACGGUUGUUGUCUCCCUCGACAAGUCUGGCCGGGUCAAGUUCUGGGAUGUUCGUGACCUGACCGCUGUCAAGGAGGGCUCUGACCCGCGCGCUCCCGUGCCCGCCCAGACGUCGCUUGAGGUUAAGGAGCCUCUGAUGACGCUGGCGAGCACUCCGGAGGGCGAAAAGGCUUGGCCCACCUCGGUCCUGCUUCUCGACAAGCAGCGCCCCUACCAGAAGCGCUGCGCCCUGCGCUACAUGAUUGUGGGCAUGAAGCAGAACCACACCCUCCAGCUGUGGGACCUUGCCCUCGGCAAGCCCGUCCAGGAGUUCAACCUGCCUCACAGCAAGGAGUCUGAUGCCGUCUGCAGCGUCAUGUACCACCCUGCCAGCGGCAUGAUUGUCAUUGGCCACCCCACACGCAACUCGGUCUAUUUUGCGCAUCUCUCGGCUCCUAAGUAUAACCUGAAGAGCGUAUCGCAGGCAGAGUACAUUCAGCGGCUCGUGGCUCAAGACUCGUCUAUCCCGCAGCCGGAUAGCACCGCUGUGAUAAGCGGUGUCCGCGAGUACUCGUUUGCCAACAGGGGCGUCAUCCGAAGCCUCGACAUCCUUUGCACGCCUGCCAUGGUCCAGGACGCCGACGAGCCGACGUUGUUUGAGCUAUACGCGAUGCACUCCAAGGGAGUUGCUUGCCUUCUGAUCAGGCAAAAUGAGCUUGGAUGGUCCAAGGAUAACAAGGUUCUCGACGCCGUCGAUGCGGUCAAGGAGGGCGUGGUGACCGUCUCUAAGCUCAAGACGCCUCAGCAGCCUGAGCUUGGCACCAACGGAGACGCCCAAGUCCGCAUCGCCAACCGCAGCAAGGAGUCGCUUCAGGCGACGCCAGCACCGAGCGACGUUGCCCAGCGCGGCGCGGAGUCAGUUACGCCAGUCAAACUCAAGAACGAACCAAAGGAGACGGAGACGCCGGCCCAGUCUUCCAAGGAGAGCCAGCCCGAGAAGCCCGAGAAGAAGUCGCGCAAGAAGAAGGGCAAGGAGCCCGAAUUGGCAGCUAAUGGCACCACCAACUCUCCGCGCGUCGGCUCAAAGCCCGAGGCGCCCAAGGGUGCCAACAAUGUGGUCGCUAAUGGCGUCUCCGCAGAGGCCCUCGACUCUGCUAUUGUCGGCAUGGAGACACGCCUGACGGCGGCCGUGUCGGACACGCUCAAGUCGUCGCUCAAGAAUUUGCACGGCAAGAUUGACGAAGGCGCUCGCGUCCGCGACGAGAGCUUCAACCAGCACCAGAUCAAGCUGCUUGACAUGGUAUCCGAGGUACUCAACGAGAACACUCAGAAGGUGCUCGAGUCCCUAAUCCACCAUCAGUUCACUGAGCUGGUCAUCCCUGCCAUUGGCGACCAUGCUGGCAAAGCCGUGACGGACUUGCUCCAGACCAAGCUGCAGCCCCAAGUCGCGUCAUCUGUGCAGAAGGAGAUCCAGGGCUCCCUGCCCCACGCCCUCAACCGCUCCCUGCGGUCGGCAGACUUUGUCAACGCCAUCUCGGACCGUGUCGGCGCGGCUGUGACGUCUGGCGUUCAGCAGGAGGUCCUGAACACACUCACCCAACGCCUGACUCCCGCAUUCUCCAACAUUGCGAGCCAGAGCGCCCAGCGUGUUGCCGGGGAGCUCCAUCAGCAGUACCAGGAGCAGUUUGAGCACAUGAAGGCGCAACAUGCGGCCGAUGCCAACAAGAUCGACCAGCUGCUCAACUACGUCAACCGACUGACCGACAUGGUGUCCACCAUGGCCGCCUCGCAGACCGCAUUGCAGCAGGAGUUCCUGAAGCUCAAGCAGCAGCCUGUUCACGAGCUUCCUGGUGGUUCCGGGGCUCAGGGCCAACAGGGCCACCAGAACAUUCCUCAUGGAUACCCUGGCGGCAUGGCCGGCAGUAACGCGCCGAGCCACCACGGAAGCUAUCCUCCCAGCCAGGUUAUGAGCCAGCAAUACUCGAACAGCCAGCAGUAUCAGCGUGGAUCGCAGCCGGUGACGAGCCCCCAGGGAACUGGUGUCGCUCCGUCUGAGAACGUCGGCCCGACCGGUGUCAGCGCCCUCGCUGGCGCUUUCGCCAACCAAAUGAGCCGCAGCGAGGCCGAAGCAGAGUACGAGCUCACUCAGCGCAUCCACAAGAUCGAGAUGGCCAUCCAAGACGGCCGCCUCCAGGAUGCGAUGAUUCAGUGGAUCCAGAGUGGCCACGAAAAGGAGAUUUUCAGGCGCUGCUUGAGUGGCUACGCGCCCAACCGCUUCGAGAGCCUGGCGCCGCUGCUCUUGUUGGUCGUGAUUGCUACCAUCUCGAAGGACCUCAAGCCGGGCCCGCGCCUCAAGCAGGAGGUUGACUGGAUCGAGAUGGCGGUGCGCGCAUUUAGCGACAGCCUGCCCAACUAUGACUGGGAGGGACAGGGACAGAACUUUGGCGAAGUGAUGAAGAGCGCGUCGCAGACGAUGCAGCUUCUCGUCGCCAGGCUUCAGCCGUUCCUGGAUGCCUACAACAGCGGUUACCCGCUUGAUCCCUUCCUGGCCGGUGUGGACAAGGGCAAGAUUGAGUGGAUCGUGGGCGCGUCGGAUCACAUUCAGUCGUUCAACUCGCACCACCGCUACGACUAG